AUGAAGCUGUCGUUGAAGAAACCCGUGGACUCGGCUGGGUCUUCGGGCGCCGCAAUCUUGGUUGGCAUAUUUGUUGCAUUUGGGGGCGUCUUGUUUGGAUAUGACACUGGCACUAUCAGCGGCAUCCUCGCCAUGAAAUACUGGAAAAACACAUUUUCCACCGGCUACGUCGAUGACACUGGAGAACUCAACAUCACAGCCAGUCAGACGUCGGAAAUAGUGUCAAUUUUGUCAGCUGGCACGUUCUUCGGAGCGCUACUUGCGGCUCCAGUUGCCGACACCUUGGGUCGACGCUGGGCUCUGAUGGUCGACAAUGUUAUAUUCACUUUCGGAGUCAUCCUGCAGACCGUUUCGACGGCAAUCCCCUUGUUUGUUGCGGGAAGGUUUUUUGCAGGUUUGGGAGUCGGCAUGCUGUCGACCACGAUCCCAUUGUACCAAUCAGAAACAGCCCCAAAAUGGCUCCGUGGCACGAUCGUGGGCGCGUAUCAACUGUGUAUCGCCAUCGGACUGUUCGUGGCGGCGAUUGUCCUAAAUGCUACCAAGGGGAGGAACGACACCGGAUGUUACCGGAUUCCAAUUGCCGUUCAAUUCGCUUUUGCAUUGUUUCUCGCCGGUGGCCUGCUGGUACUACCAGACACCCCUCGCUACUACGUCAAGAAAUCGCGAGAGGAUCUUGCAGCUAAAUCUCUCGGUCGCCUGCGUCGUCUCCCCGUCGAUCACCCCGCCAUCAUCGCGGAGGUCUCCGAGAUUCGAGCUAACCACGACUACGAGUUAUCGAUAGGAAAGUCCAAUGUGGUUGAUUGCUUCCGUCCGCCUUUGCUCAAGCGGCUCUUGACAGGUUGUGGCCUGCAAGCCCUUCAGCAGCUCACCGGUGUCAACUUCAUUUUCUACUACGGCACGUCUUUCUUUCAAAGGUCAGGUAUCUCCAAUGCCUUCACAAUCUCUGUCAUCGUCAACGUCGUCAGUGUCUGCACCACGCUUCCCGGCCUUUAUCUGGUCGAAAAAUGGGGUCGUCGUCCGUUACUUCUGUUCGGGGCAGCUGGAAUGGCGAUGUGCCAACUCAUUAUCGCGUCGGUCGGCACUGCUCGACCCACAGAUCCUGCUUCAAAUCAAGUCUUGAUCGCGUUUGUUUGCAUUUACGUCUUCUUCUUCUGCUCGUCAUGGGGCCCGGUUGCCUGGGUGGUGACAGGAGAGAUAUUCCCUCUUAAGGCGCGCGCCAAUUGCCUCGCCCUCACCACUGCGUCGAAUUGGCUUCUCAACUUGGCCAUUGCCUAUGCCACACCCUACAUGGUCAAUCCAGGCACAGGGAAUGCAAAUCUCCAAGCCAAGGUCUUUUUUGUCUGGGGCGGCUUCUGCUUGUUGUGUCUGGCUUUUGUCUACUUCUGCAUCUACGAAACCAAGGGCCUUUCUCUCGAGCAGGUGGACGAGCUCUACCUCCAAAUUCGGCAUGCGUGGCAGUCCCACGAGUAUGAUGGCACCCUGGUACAUGGCGACGUGCUCGAAUUGAAGAUAUCUGGAGUUCACCCGACGAAGCCACGUUCUGUCACCCAUGUCGAGGAUUCGAGCUGCUAG